CCCUUCACACUUUCACGCCACCAAAAUUUCCUCCACCUCAAAUAUUCAAAAUACAAUAAAUUCAUCAAAUAUCAACAUUCAUUUUUAUAUUCCCAUUUUCAUUAAUAUUGCAUAUAAUUUCUCUCUUCAACACUUGAACUUCAUCUUCACAACCUUCUUUUCACCGCAAUUGAUGAUUUAAAUGGCUCAAUUAUUGUCUCCAGUAUACACAGAAGCUCUCAAAAUCCAUAAUCCAUCGCUGAAUUUGUGUCACAGAACCUCAUGGCAGAUGCUGCACAAAUCUCCAACUAGUCCUUGGAGUUUUGCAACACGAAGUGGCAAACGAAGAGGUUUUGGUAGGGUUAAAGUUGCUACUGAUCAGGAUUCGUUUUCAACCAGUGACACUGUAGGAGCUGAAGACUAUUAUGCAGUUUUGGGUCUGCUUCCAGAUGCAACACCAGAGCAGAUCAAGAAGGCUUACUAUAAUUGUAUGAAAACUUGCCACCCAGAUUUGAGUGGCAAUGAUCCUGAAACAACGAAUUUCUGUACCUUCAUCAAUGAAGUUUAUGAGGUGCUCAGUGAUCCGGUUCAGCGUAGGGUUUAUGAUGAUAUUCAUGGGUAUUCUUUUACAUCUAUUAAUCCUUUCGCGGAUGAGUCUAGUCCGAAGGAUCAUGUUUUUGUCGAUGAGUUCAGCUGCAUAGGCUGCAAAAAUUGUGCUAAUGUGGCCUGUGACGUGUUUGAAAUUGAGGAAGACUUUGGAAGAGCCAGAGUUUACAGUCAGUUUGGGAACCCGGAUUUAGUUCAACAGGCUAUUGAUAGUUGCCCUGUUGACUGCAUUCAUUGGACAUCAGCUGCACAAUUAUCAUUACUUGAAGAUGAAAUGCGCCGCAUAGAAAGAGUCAAUGUUGCUCUGAUGCUUUCAGGAAUGGGAUCAGCUAUAAGCGAUGUUUUCAGAAUGGCGAAUACCCGAUGGGAGAAAAGGCAGUUAAACUUCUUGGCACAAGCGAGAAUGAGAAUGAUGAAGCAGAAAGGUUAUGACAAGACAAAUUCAUACUGGGAUAAUCUCCGCGGAAAACCAAGAGACUACGAAAGUUCAGAGGAGGAAGGGAAAGAAAGAGCUAAAAGAGCUGCAGCUGCUGCUAGAAAAUGGAGGGAAUACUCAAGAAAAGGUGUUAGUAAGUCCCCCUCAUUCAAGCUUCCAGAGGCAACUUCCACCAAGGACAAGUGACCCUUAUUUUCCUGAUCACAUAUCCUCUCUGUCCCAUGUAAUUAAGUCAUCCAUAUAUAGUCUGUUAUAGAAUUUCAUAAGUCAAUCUCUCAUUAACAAUCCAUAAUUGUAAUUUGGGUAAAUAUAACAUAGAUACAUGAUGAUUCAUAGUAUAUAAAUAAAAGAAAGUCAGUUCAAUGGUC